UCCUUCAGUCAGCUGUCAACGUGCCGCGAGGGAAGAUCCUCCUCCGAGAGGUCUCGAAACGAAAGAAAGCGAAAAGUUAACCUCAAAGUUCUAGAAACGGUUUCAUUUUGGGUGUGCGAAUUGUUCACAAGCGCGAGAGAAAAAAGUGAAAUUUAUUUGAUUGGAAGUUCGCGAAAGCCGUCGUGAUUUGCGAAGAAAUAUGUGAUUGUUUUCGGCUUUUAGCGCCCGGCGUGUGUGACAGUGACAGUUGUUCGGUUAGUUAUUGUUUUGGUUUUGCCUAGCCGAUCAGGGGACAGAGUGCAAGCAGAUUUAAUUUUUUUUUGACGAAAAGUGACAGAUUUAUGUUGUGAACGACGAACGACGACGAGGGAUCGUGAUCCGAAAGUGAGCCAGUGGCAGUAUUUUAUUGCGAUUUUGGCUCGAUUGUUUCUAAGAAGGUGCCUGACUUAGCAGCAAGAUGUCACGAACAUCGAGCGACUCGCAGCUGGACAAGCCAAACAUCCAGAAAUCCGCGGUUUACAACAUCCAUGGCUUGGGCGGUUCACAAGCGUCGCUCAGUAUUCCAGCAAUCCACAAGGACGUUCCGGGGUACAGAGGAAGCAAUGAGUUUAUAUUAUCCGACGGCAAAAAGUCCACAAUGGACCACCUGCGCGAGGUCGGGCCCUGGUGCCGGCGCAAGUACCAGCAGGUGUUCCGCAAGAAGAUCCUCUACAAGCGCGUGCCCGUGCUCAGCUGGCUGCCCAAGUACAACACGGACGACUUCGUCGGCGAUCUGGUGGCGGGCUUCACCGUCGGCCUGACGGUGAUUCCACAAGCGCUGGCCUACAGCAGCAUCGCGGGACUUCCGGCGGCGUACGGUUUGUACGGCUCGUUCCUGGGUUGUUUCGUGUACAUCUUUCUCGGCUCGAGCAAGGACGUCCCGAUGGGACCGACGGCGAUCGCCUCCCUGCUGACGUUCCAGGCUACCCAAGGAGUGUGGCAAAAGGCUGUCCUGCUCUGCUUCCUCAGCGGUGUCGUUGAACUGUUGAUGGGACUGUUCGGACUCGGAUUCCUCAUAGACUUUGUAUCCGGACCGGUCAGUUCCGGGUUCACUUCGGCGGCGGCGUUCAUCAUCCUCAGCUCUCAAGUCAAAGAUCUACUCGGAAUUACCGCCAAAGGUAACACCUUCGUCCAGCAGUGGAAGUCGAUCUUUGCGGACAUUCACCACACCCAACUUGGAGAUGCCGUUAUGGGAUUCACCUGCAUUGUCGUUCUGCUGCUGAUGCGCCUUCUGCCGCGACUUAAGGUCGGUCCUCCGGACGCGGAUCAGCAAACCACACUCCAGAAGAUCGUCAACAAAACGCUCUGGCUCGUCGGAACCGCUCGUAACGCGAUCAUCGUGAUCGUUUGCGGAGCGAUUGGGUUUGCGAUGUACACCGAGGGCCAGGAUCCUCCCUUCAAGAUGAUUGGUGACGUGCCGAGUGGACUGCCGGCGGUUCAGCCACCGCCGUUUUCGAUUCCGGAAGUGGUGGACGAGGCGGGAGUGGUGAUUCAGGAGGCGCAGAGCUUCGGCGAUAUGUUCAGCAGCUUGGGGUCAAUGUUGAUCGUAAUUCCGUUGAUUGCGCUGCUUGAGGAUAUUGCGAUUUGCAAGGCAUUUGCCGACGGCAAAUCGGUGGACGCCACCCAGGAACUUAUCGCGAUCGGUGUCUCCAACAUUGCCAACUCGUUCGUCCAGGGCUACCCGGGCACGGGCGCCCUCUCCCGCGGUGCUGUCAACAAUGCCAGCGGUGUCCGAACGCCCUUCGGCGGUCUCUACACCGGAAUUAUCGUCAUCCUGGCGCUGCUCUUCUUCACACCGUACUUCUUCUACAUCCCGAAGGCCGCCCUCGCGGCGAUCAUCAUCGCCGCUGUGGUUUUCAUGGUGGAGUUGCGCGUCGUCAAGCCCAUGUGGCGCAGCAAGAAGGCGGAUUUGAUCCCCGGAUUGUCCUGCUUCAUUGCCUGUUUGGCACUGCCCAUCGAGUACGGCAUCCUGGUCGGAAUCGGGUUGAACAUCCUGUCGAUCUUGUACCACGCUGCCCGGCCCAAAAUCCACAUGGAUCAGCUGAUCACACCGUGUGGCAUCAAGUACCUGAUGCUGACCCCCGAUCGCAGUCUGAUCUUCCCCUCGUCGGAUUUUGUGCGCAACCUGAUCAACAAGCAUGGCCUCAAAAACCAGACGCCUGUCGUAAUCGACUGCACGCACAUCUACGGUGCGGACUUUACCGCCGCCCAGGUCAUCGACACGCUCAUCAAGGACUUCAAGAGCCGGAACCAGAUGCUGCUCUUCCUGAACCCCAAACCGUCCGUGUGCAGCGUGUUCGAGGGAGCUGAGCUCGAGUAUCGAGUAUUUUACGACAUGGAACAUCUGGAGAAGGCGAUCCAGGAGAUUCGGAGGAAGAGCUUCCAGGCCUAAGCAACUAGAAUAAGAACGUUUUCGUGCGGUGACAGAAAAGACAGAAACUCAGGACCAAGCGAUCAAACGCCCCGAAAAACACACACCCACAAACACACAGUUUAGCUUUAGAGGUUAGAAUUUAGCGAUCGUUUCAAAUCGUGUUGUGAACCUUCUCCUCCACCUCCCCUUUUCGGAACAGUGAUUUAGAAUUUAAGAGACGUAACGAGUACGUGGAGGUCGAGAAAGCCCGGAAAGGCGGGAGUUGUGUGUUGCGUAACUUACUGUAGGAACGACGACGAUGAGAGGGCGAUGCAGCCAAAAAUCUUUUGUAGGUGUUAAUUGUACAGUUGAUUGUAAGAUGAAAGUAAAUAAAUGUUAAGUUCCUAAACUUUUAACGGUGUUAAA